AAGUUUGGUUUUUCUAACAUAUAUAUAUAAAAACUGUUACAUCUAUAGAUUAGUUGAUGUAUGUCAAAUAUUUUUAUUAGUACGAAAUUUAGUGAGUUUCCAGCUACCUAUUUAUAAUAAUGAAAUACAUAAAAAUAGGUUAACAGUUGGAUUGAUAUCACUACAUACAUCUUAUUUUAAAUAGGAAUCAUAUAUUUUUACAAAUGGAUAUUGGUGAAUUGCUCUCGUAUAAACCACCAAACACACCAAAAAGGCCAAUUGCAGGAGAAGAUGAUGAUGAAGAUGAAUGGGAAAAUGCUAAAAAACCAAAAAGGGUAAUUAAAACUCCUUAUCAUGCACGUCAAAGACAGAUAAGAGAAGUUGAAGUUACACCUGUCAGAAGUAGUGAACCUCCUACACCUAUAAGAGCUGCAUUACCAUCUCCAGCAAAUGAUGUGGUUGAACCACAGUUGACAGAAAAAGAGAAACAAGAUAUUUUGAAAUAUGUAGAGACAGAAGCACCUGAGGUAGAGGCAUUGGAUGAAGCAACGCUUAAAAGAAUGAUCUUAUUAUUUGAGAAAAGAGCACUUAGAAAUCAAGAAAUGAGAGUAAAGUUCCCUGACCAACCAGAAAAGUUUAUGGAAUCAGAGGUAGAAUUACAUGAAACUCUUCAAGAGCUUCAUGUAGUAGCUACUAAUCCAGAUCUUUAUCCACUGAUGGUGGAGUUGGGUGCUGUCCCUUCUUUGCUUGAAUUAUUAUCACAUGAGAAUACAGAUAUAGCAGUUGGUGUUGUAGAUCUUUUGCAAGAAUUAACAGAUGUAGAUAUUUUACAUGAAAGUCAAGAAGGUGCAGAUACUCUCAUUGAUGCUUUACUAGAGCAACAAGUUUGUGCUCUUCUUGUACAAAAUCUAGAAAGGUUGGAUGAAUCAGUUAAAGAAGAAAGUGAUGGUGUUUAUAAUACAUUAGCUAUCUUUGAGAAUCUUUUGGAAUUUAGGCCUGAUUUAUGUACGGAUGCAGGAAAGCAAGGGUUAAUGCAAUGGUUGUUAAGAAGAAUUAAGACAAAAACACCAUUUGAUGCUAAUAAACUUUAUGCUAGUGAACUUUUAUCUAUUCUUUUGCAAAGUACACCGGAGAACAGAUUACUUCUUGGUGAACUCGAUGGAAUUGAUGUACUAUUGCAACAAUUAGCAUAUUAUAAACGACAUGAUCCUCAAACUGCUGAGGAACAAGAAAUGAUGGAAAAUUUAUUUAAUGUGUUAUGUUCAAGCCUAAUGACAACUGUAAAUAGAGAUAGGUUCUUAAGAGGAGAAGGAUUGCAACUUAUGAAUUUAAUGUUGCGGGAAAAAAAGAUGUCAAGAAAUGGUUCUCUAAAGGUAUUAGAUCAUGCAAUGAAUGGUCCAGAUGGGAAAGAUAAUUGCAGUAAAUUCGUUGACAUUCUUGGACUAAGAACUAUAUUUCCAUUAUUCAUGAAAACACCAACAAAGAACAGAAAAAGAAUGCUUACUGCAGAAGAGCAUGAAGAACAUGUAGUAUCAAUCAUAGCAAGCAUGUUAAGGAAUUGUAAAGGGCAACAACGUCAAAGAUUAUUAAGUAAAUUUACAGAGAAUGAUUAUGAGAAAGUUGAUAGAUUGAUGGAACUUCAUUUCAAAUAUCUUGAGAAAGUAGAAGAAGUUGAAAAAAAUACAAAGGAAGACGAAGAUGAAGAAGAAUCGUACCUGAGAAGGUUAGAUGGAGGAUUGUUUAUUUUACAGUUAGUAGACUAUGUACUAUUAGAAGCAUGUACUGGUUGCCCUCCAGCAGUGAAACAACGAGUAACACGAAUUUUAGCUCAAAGAAGGGCAUCUCUUAAAACUAUUAGGCACAUCAUGAGAGAAUAUGCUGGAAAUCUUGGCGAUGCUGGCGAUUCAGAAUGGAGAGAAACAGAGCAACAACAUAUAUUGCAAUUGAUUGAUAAAUUUUGAUGUAGACUUUUUAAUGAAAAAUUUGAAAAUUUCAAUUUUUUCGCAAUUUUUAAAUUUUUACCAAAAGUAAUAGCGCCGUUUCACAUUAAUUGCUAAUAAGUAUGUAACAUACAGGACAUCGAAUUCUUUUUUAUACGUAGGAAUUACAAAAAACUGUUUAUAAAAAAAUUAAGUGUGUUCCUUAUAUCUUAACUAUUUGAAGUAUGCAUUUUACCAAACUAUACAUUGAUCAGUUGUUUUAUUUGUGGUGUAAUUCUAUGUUAAUUAGUUCAUAUUAGUUUAUUUGAUUAAUAAUGCUAUGGUGUUCAGUAGCAUUGAACUUGACUGAAAAUUUA